CCGAAAGUCCCGGGAAUAGAGCUGGCAAUAAGCACAUACAAUUGAAGUGAUCAUGCGACACAUGCAGCCCUCGCUCACCAUGGACACUGGAAUACUUGUUUUCGAGGACCCGAAAGUGGCUCUCGAAAACCUGAACAGAAUUGAGGAGAGUCCCCUUUCCGUAAAGAGUAUGAGCACGGCAUCGCUAGAAUCUUCACCCUCAGUCGUGUCCCUGGGCUCUCGUCCCAUAUCAUUUUCCAUGGAAGAUCAUAUGCCACCUAUCGAUAUCGCGCAAGUGAAAUUGAGCUACAAGUCAGCAAUGCAGCUUCUUGUGACAAAAUUUUCGAAAGAAGAACAAAGUACGGAGCUGUUUGAGAUGGCAACGAGACUUGGACGAGAACUCCAGAGAUCAGGACGCGACGAAGAGGCCCUCGCAUACUUUCGGAAAGCCUUGUUUAUGAAAAAUAAGACAAUUACGGAAGAACCAAGACGGGUCCAGAAAAUGUUUGCUGGGAUACUGUUUGAUAUCGGUGUAAUUCAUGAGCGUGCCAAAAGGCACGUUGAUAAUCUCAAUCAAGUGAAAGCGCUUCAAGCAUUCCAAAUGUGCCUCGAUUUCCGCCUUUUGGUGUUCGGAACAGACCAUCCUUCAGUGGCAAGUGCCUUUUUCAAUCUCGCAUCCGUACACGCAACACUUGGUGACUUGGAAUCCGCUGAAAAUCUCCUUUUGGAAGCUUUAGCAAUCCUUCAAUUCAACUGUCCCCAAAAAAGCCAUUUGAGACACGUCUGGAUCGCCCUAGGAAAGGUACAGAAGUCUUUGGGAGAAGUUGCUGAGUCAAAGUCUUCCUUAGAAGAAGCAUCAAGUUUGGGAACAGAUUUUCUUUCGUAGGAUCUAAAAUUAAGACGUAUUUGUU